AUGACGGGUGCUACCAUGGCUGCGUUAGGGAUAACGCACAAGAGUGGAGCCUUGUGGCUGGCUCAAAUAUUUCAGUUGGACGUGACAGGAGGCGAGAAAACCUUCUUGAACUGUCGAGCGCUAGUACCCGAAGUUAAAGUGGUGGCAAGAGAGAAGAAAGUGGAUUUCGGGACCAUUUCAGUCGGAGUGGAGCGCGAAAAAAAACUUACACUAUCAAACCUUGGAAUGCACACUCGCGCUGUAUUUUACGCUUGUAUCGAGCCGCAAUCUAUGUGUACGACCAUCGGAUUGCAAGUCUCUCCGGUUCAAGGCAUCGUAGACCCCCAGGAAUCCACAGAACUCACGGUCAAGCUCUUCCCUCAUCGUGCUAUCACGCUGGAUGGGAGUAAAGAGUCUCAAGUAAAUAUCAUUGUGACUGUACGUGGUGGUAAAGUACUGCGUCUUCCCGUGAGCGCAUCAGUUCUCGUUCCCGACGUUUUCCUCACUCCUGCAGACGCUAUUGAGUUCGGAGAAGUGGUGCUUGGAGUGUCAGUCCCUCGAGUCAUUUCGCUAGAGAACCACAGCUCUAUCCCAGCAUGCUUGUUGCUGGAUCUCGGCUCUUCCUUCGACGAGUUCGCGUUAUCCACGCCACCUCGUUUACUGGCUCAUCUUGAAGACGCCAGCAACAUCUUCGUACCCUUAACCGACGAUAAGUUUAAAGUGUCUCGUGUCAUCUCGUAUUCACUCCGUCGAAAGAAGGCAGUCACGAUCUCGUUCUUCCACUUCAAAUAG